UGUGAGUGUGUGUGAGGGAGACGGACGGUGGGAGUGGGAGCUGGGCCGGGGGCCCGCAGCCCCAGCCGGGCUGGCCGCGGGGAGCAUGGGAAGGGCUUAACGCGGCGGACCGGCCGAGCGAGCGACGGGCUGCCCGCUGCCGCCGGACGGAGCCGGCCCGGCCGCUGCCUCCCGCCGCGCCGACAUGGGCUCCUGAAGUUGCACCGGCCGCUCGCUGCUCUGCUCCGGGACGAGGCCUGACAGGUAAUUACAUGUGUGCCCCCUGGUCUCAGGCUUGGCUGGAAUGCUUGGGGGUACAGAAGAUCCUUCUAGAGCCUCCCUUUUCCUCCCCCAUUUUGAGAAGAUGGCAAAAGUCAACAUAACUAGAGACCUCAUUCAUAGGCAGAUAAAGGAGCGGGGUGCAUUGAGCUUCGAGAGGCAUUACCAUGUCACGGACCCAUUCAUCCGUCGGCUGGGCCUAGAAGCUGAGCUGCAGGGUCACUCAGGAUGUGUAAACUGCCUGGAAUGGAAUGAGAAAGGAGACUUGCUAGCGUCUGGCUCCGAUGACCAGCACACCAUCGUGUGGGACCCCUUGCACCACAAGAAGCUCCUCUCCAUGCACACGGGGCACACGGCCAACAUCUUCUCUGUCAAGUUUCUGCCUCAUGCUGGGGAUCGGAUCUUGAUCACGGGAGCUGCUGAUUCUAAAGUGCACGUGCAUGACCUGACUGUGAAAGAGACGAUUCAUAUGUUUGGAGACCACACAAACCGGGUGAAGCGCAUCGCCACGGCCCCGAUGUGGCCCAACACGUUCUGGAGCGCUGCGGAGGAUGGGCUCAUCCGUCAAUAUGAUCUUCGAGAGAAUAGUAAACACUCAGAGGUGCUGAUCGACCUGACUGAGUAUUGUGGCCAGCUGGUAGAGGCCAAAUGCCUAACAGUCAACCCCCAAGAUAACAACUGCCUGGCGGUAGGGGCCAGUGGACCUUUUGUGCGGCUCUAUGAUAUCCGAAUGAUCCACAAUCACAGGAAAAGCAUGAAGCAAGGUCCUUCAGCCGGUGUGCACACGUUCUGUGACCGACGGAAGCCUCUCCCCGAUGGUGCUGCCCAGUACUACGUAGCAGGGCACUUACCAGUGAAGCUGCCGGACUACAAUAACCGCCUCCGAGUGCUGGUCGCUACCUAUGUCACCUUCAGUCCCAAUGGCACGGAGUUGUUGGUCAACAUGGGAGGGGAACAGGUCUAUUUGUUUGACCUGACAUACAAGCAGCGACCAUAUACCUUUCUCCUGCCAAGGAAAUGUCACUCAUCAGGGGAGGUCCAGAAUGGCAAGAUGUCCACCAAUGGAAUGUCCAAUGGGCUCCACCUGCACAGCAAUGGCUUUCGCUUGUCAGAGGGCAGAGCACACGUAAGUCCCCAGGCAGAGCUGCCUCCAUCCCUAGAGCGAGUGAAGCAGCAGGCCAACGAAGCCUUUGCCUGCCAGCAGUGGACUCAGGCCAUCCAGCUUUACAGCAAAGCUGUGCAGAAGGCCCCUCAUAACGCCAUGCUCUACGGGAACCGAGCCGCUGCCUACAUGAAGCGCAAGUGGGAUGGGGACCACUACGACGCCCUGCGGGAUUGCCUCAGAGCCAUCUCCCUGAACCCCUGCCAUUUAAAGGCUCACUUUCGUCUAGCCCGAUGCCUCUUCGAGCUCAAGUAUGUGGCCGAGGCCCUGGAGUGUCUGGAUGACUUCAAAGGGAAGUUCCCAGAGCAGGCCCACAGCAGUGCCUGUGAUGCUCUGGGCCGGGACAUCACCGCAGCUCUCUUCUCUAAGAGUGAUGGUGAGGAGAAGAAGGGCGGCGGUCCCGUUCGCCUGAGGAACACCAGCCGAAAGGACUCCAUCUCAGAAGACGAGAUGGUCCUACGGGAGCGGAGCUAUGACUACCAGUUCCGGUACUGCGGGCACUGCAACACCACCACGGACAUCAAGGAAGCUAACUUCUUUGGCAGCAAUGCACAGUAUAUUGUCAGUGGCUCAGACGAUGGCUCCUUCUUCAUCUGGGAGAAGGAGACUACCAACCUGGUGCGUGUGCUACAGGGGGAUGAGUCCAUUGUCAACUGCCUGCAGCCCCACCCCAGCUACUGCUUCCUGGCCACCAGUGGCAUCGACCCCGUUGUGAGGCUCUGGAAUCCUCGGCCUGAGAGUGAAGACCUCACAGGACGAGUGGUCGAGGACAUGGAGGGGGCUUCUCAGGCCAAUCAGCGCCGGAUGAAUGCCGAUCCCCUAGAAGUGAUGCUGCUCAACAUGGGCUAUCGGAUCACAGGCCUGAGCAGUGGAGGCGCUGGAGCUUCUGAUGAUGAGGACAGCUCUGAGGGGCAGGUCCAGUGCCGGCCCAGCUAAGGCCCAGCCCACGCCUCCCGGCUCCUCACAGGGGGGAGGGGGGGGUUAGUUUUGGUUUUUCUUUUUGUUUUUGGGUUUUUUUAAAAAUCCCCUUCCAGACACCCCACCUCCCCCUGCCAUUUUGUUUGUUUCUUUGGGGGUGGAGGGUGGGGGACGGUACAGCUCCUUGGCUUCCAGACUCUUGGGGGUGACUGCCCCAGGCCCAGAGCAGAAGCUUCUUCCAGCGGUCUCCCUCCUCCUGCCCCCAGCAGCAAGUCCUCUGGCAUCGGGCUGCUGGGAAAGGGGGUUAGGCAUGUGUGAGGACGAGAAUGUCGCCCCACUUACUGGAGCCCUUCUGUGUCUGCAGAGGAGGUUGUGGGGUGAGGAGGAGGAAUCUGGGGCUGCAGAUGCCCUUGGCUGUGGCUAGUUCUUGUCCUUGAAUCCCUGAAGGCCUGGUCUGUCUCCCUGUGUCCUCCAGGGUGGUCAGGGAUGAGGCCAUGGCCAAGUCUGGCAUCUGCUCAGCAUUCCUGCUCCCUUCUGCCCUGGAGGGAGGGUCCUAACAUGAUGGGAGCAGAUUGAGGGAAAGCAAACCUCACCCCGCCCCAGCUAAUCUACCCUUGGAGGAGGAGGGGGCUUCUUGGUCUUCACUGGUAUCCUGGCCCUCAGCUCUCUCUCAAUUAACUCAUUCCCUUUAUCUUCCUGGGAAAGUGGUUGGGGCCUAGAGCUACUGGCCCUGGCAGAGAAUAGCCUUUCACUAUGCUAAUGUCCCCUCUCCAACUCUGCUUGGCCUCACUGUGACCUCUGCCCCAGAGCCCAUUGGCAUCCUCCCCUUCCACUGGCCCUCAUCUCUUCCAGCGUCAAGGCUGAGCAGAAUGCUAAGUAAGGGCUCCUUUCUACCAUCCCUCCCCGGGCCACAGACCUCUCCCUUCCCACCUUUUCCAGCCAUUCUACGUUCCCUGUUGUGCUGAGCCUCAGGACGGCUUUUCUGUCUCCUGCUCUGUUGGGGCCAUACCACCUCACACACGUACAUCCACACACGCUGGUGGGGAAGGGGAUCUCAUUCACCCUCCCCAUGUCCUCCUCCACUUGGAAGUGCUGUGCCAGCCCAGGCCUUUUUCCACCCCUCUCCCCACCUCCAAGCCAAGGACAUUUGGGAAAGGUAGAUGCCCUUCUUCCCCACCUUCCAGUCCCAUGGCCCUGCAGAGGGAGGGGGCAUCUGAGCACCUCCCUGCCCCUGCUGGGCAGCCAGGCUGGAAGUCACAUGGGGGGUGGGUUUGGAGGACAGAUGGACAGUGAAGGUCUCGGGGCCUCUUUCUGUUGCUUCACUCACAGCAGGGCAGGGGUGGCUUUUCUCCCCUUCUUUCUCUCAGCCCCCCUUUUCUCCUUCCUUUCCUCGCUUGGUAAUGAAGUAUAUUUAUUGGUGAAGGAGACAGCUGCUGCUGGGACUUGAUCUCCCCUCUCUUUUCCCUGACUUCUCCAGCCCAGAGAGGGAGAGGGGGUGGGCAGGGCUCCCUGGGGAAGGGAGGGGGGCCUGGCACAGCCCCUUAGCUUUCCCACCCCUCAGCCGACACUCACUCUGCUCCCCCCAGUGUGGAAGAAACACAAAAGCCUUACUGUCCACUUGGGCAGGAGCAGAAUAUUUUUGUUCCUCUGCCCCCCCCCUCCCUCCCCACCCCCAGCAGAGUGAGGGUGAUGAUGCAAUUGAUUAAAAAACAUUUUGUUCUA